AUGGCGUCACCAGCAGCCUUCAGCGUCAGGGAGCGAUCCCAGGUCUCUCCGGCAACGGGAUCGUUGCUUGAAACCACUCUGCCGCUCACCUUCUUUGACGUAAUGUGCUUGAACAGAGAUCCGGUCGAGCGUCUCUUCUUCUAUCGCUUCCCCGACCCGACAUGUAAUUUCAUGCAAGCCGUCGUCCCGGCCCUUAAAUCCUCCCUCUCCGUCGCUCUCCAGAGUUUCUACCCUUUUGCCGGAAGGAUCCGGCGCUGCCCCGGCUGCUGCGACAAGUACGAGAUCCACUACGUCGACGGCGACUCGGUCUCGUUCGCUCUGGCGGAGCACGGCGGAGACUUCGAGUACCUCUCCGGAAGCCAUGCCCGCAAUGUGUCCGAGCUGCUGCCUUUGAUCCCCCGGAUCGCGGAGUCCGGAGAUGACAGGCUCUUGUUGGCCGUGCAAGUCACCUUGUUCCCGGACCGCGGCGUGGCUGUCGCUGUGACUUUCCACCAUGCUGUAUGCGACGGCACGGGCUUCAAGCAAUUCAUGGCAUCAUGGGCAUCCUCUUGCAGGUCGGCGUUGUCCGGGCAGGAGGUGGCUGUGCCGCCGACGCCCUUAUUUGACAAGACUAUGGGCCUGCGUCGUCGUGUUGCAGAAGAAGACAGCGCCACCGAUGUGGUCAGUGAAACCUUUACCCUCCGGCGAGAGCAGAUCAGAUCGCUGAAGGACUUGGUUCCGGCCAAAGCCAAGCAAGGCAAGACCCCGUUCCAUUGCUCGACGGUCGUUGUGGCUUUCGCAUUCGCGUGGGUGUGUCAUGUACGAGCUCGAGGACAUGGGAGUGACAGGAUCACCCAUUUCAUAUUCAUGGCUGAUUGCAGGGGAAGGCUACGGCUGUCCGUGCCCGCCGAGUACUUCGGCAACUGCGUAAGGCCAUGCUUCGUGGACGUAAAAGCAGAGGAUCUUAUACGACGCGAUGGGUUCGUGGUGGCGUCGGCGGCCAUCGGUAGAGUGAUCGAAGAGCUCAAGGCUGACGUCCUGCACGACGCUGAGGAAUGGCGUGGAGGAGCGCAAGCUGCCAUGGCCGAACAGGCCCUGACUGUUGCGGGAUCUCCCAAGUUCAGUGUUUACGACACAGACAUGGGAUGGGGAAGGCCGAACAAGGUCGAGGCGACUUCCAUCAGGACGAGCGGAGCCAUAUUAGUGGGAGAGAGCAGAGAAGACGAGGGUGGAGUGGAGAUCGGUCUAGUUCUCCCAAGGAAUGAGAUGGAGGAAUUUGGAGCUCAGUUCUUAGGCGGUCUGAAACUUGUGAUCUGUUGUGAUGGUGCGGUUCGUUCCAUAAAUUCCUAUCUCUAUAUCUAUUGUUGA